UUGCAGCCACGCGAAAUCGACACGAAACCGCAAAUGCAGAAGAGCAUCGACAGCCAGCGAAGUAGUAAUAUAAUCCUUAGUGUUCAAGUAACAGUUCUGACCGUGCAGGAGGCUCACGGCGAGCUGGUUUCAACUAGCAUGCUGUGUAUAAGAGGCGAGCGUAUUUUCAUUUUAUUACCAAAUUACCGAUGGCCAGAUUGCGAGCUGAGAGUCGAUUGUGGCUGCCCCUAUCAGGAACAUUUGCCAACAGAAACGCUAUCGGCAAUCGACACGACCAGACCUGAGGUGUUAAAUCAUAGGCGAGAGCGGGGCACUGUUGAAGCUAUCACGGGAACUCGUGAGGACUUUAUUAUGGGGCUUCGUGGAUGGAUGAGAAAAAUAUGGGCCUUGGAUACACCUCGCGACGAGACAGAUAUAUGUUGA